UUGCCAUUGGUGAGCUCUCCCCAUUAUGGCGGAGAAUGAAUUGUCUCUUCUAUUCAAAAUCAUGUUUUCUGUCUUGAUGCUGGUAUUUUAACCCAGAAUAGAUUUCGUUUUACUUAAAGCACACUUCGUUUUACUUAAAGCACACUUCGUUUUAAGUCAUGGCAGACCGUGGCGUGGAUUUCUCUGGUAUACCGAAAGAGCUUCGAGACCAUUUGGCAGAGUUGGAAUUGGAGCUAUCGGAAGGUGACAUCACACAGAAGGGCUAUGAGAAGAAACGAGCCAAGCUGCUGGCCCCUUUCCUCCCUCAGAUCACCAGUGUGGAUCUGCCUCUCCCAGACGUCCAGCAGCAGUCGUCCUCCGGCCCUACCAGUGGUGAGCCCAGCCCUGCCAGCUCUGACCGUAGCCCUGCCAGUCCUGAGGCCUCUGGCCCCUCUUCUUCCUCCGGGGGCCGCAGAAACCGCAGCGGGGGGGCAAGGGAUGACCGCUACAGAUCAGAUAUCCACACGGAGGCGGUACAGGCAGCGUUGGCCAAACACAAGGAGGAGAAYAUGGCACUGCCCAUGCCCACCAAGCGCCGCUCAGCCUUCGUCCAGUCCCCCGUAGACAACUGCACCCCUCCAGACACAUCGUCAGCGUCUGAGGACGAAGGUUCUCUGCGUCGCCAGGCGACUCUGAGUGCAGCGCUGGUCCAGAGUCUCCAGAGCCCAGACUACUGGAUCAACCGCUCAGUGCAGAGCUCCUCCACCUCCUCCUCCGCCUCCUCCACCCUGUCCCACGGGGAAAAUAAGACUCAGACGCAACCGCAGCCGCAGCCCACCUCAGCACUGGCCGACAUACUGGCAAGCACACGCAUAGAGAACAGUGUCCCCCCAGAUGUGACGUCCUACACCCCUGAGAGGGGUUCAAGGGUGGACUCCAGGGUGGACCUGCCCCCCAAUGCUAUGUCCAGGGGGUUGCCCCGAGGACAGAGCCGCACCAGCAUGCUGGAUACCACCGCUGACGGAAAGCGAAAAGGUGUACCAGUGAACAGCCGUGUUUCCACUAAGAUCCAGCAGCUGCUGAACACUCUGAAGCGGCCCAAGAGACAAGCGCUCAGUGAGUUCUUCCUGGAUGACUCCGAGGAGAUCGUAGAGGUGCCCCAGCCGGACCCCAACACCCCCAGGCCAGAGGGCCGUCAGAUCAUCCCAGUGAAGGGGGAGCCCCUGGGGGUGGUCAGUAACUGGCCCCCGGCCCUUCAGGCAGCCCUGGCACGCUGGGGAGCCACACAGGCCAAGAGCCCUGCUCUCACCGCCCUGGACGUUACCGGGAAACCCCUCUACACUCUGACAUACGGUAAACUGUGGAGCCGCAGUCUGAAGCUGGCCUACACUCUGUUGAACAAACUGGGCACCAAGAACGAGCCUGUGCUGAGACCUGGUGAUAGGGUGGCGCUGGUGUACCCCAACAGUGACCCUGCUAUGUUCUGGGUGGCCUUCUAUGGCUGUCUCCUAGCAGAGGUCAUCCCUGUACCCAUAGAGGUGCCACUGUCUAGACAGGACGCAGGCAGUCUUCAGAUUGGCUUCCUAUUGGGCAGCUGUGGGGUAGGCCUGGCCCUGACUAGCGAGAUCUGUCUCAAAGGACUGCCCAAGACACCCCAGGGAGAGAUCAUGCAGUUCAAAGGUUGGCCCCGUAUGAAGUGGGUUGUGACAGACACCAAGUACCUGACCAAGCCCUCUAAAGACUGGCAGCCCCACAUCCCCACCGCCAACACAGACACAGCUUACAUCGAGUACAAGGCCAGUAAAGAGGGGACAGUGAUGGGAGUAGCCGUGUCUAAGAUAGCCUUGUUGACACACUGCCAGGCCCUGACACAGGCCUGCAACUACUGUGAAGGAGAAACGUUGGUCAACGUGCUAGAUUGUAAGAAGGACAUGGGAUUGUGGCACGGGGUGUUAACCAGUGUGAUGAACAGGAUCCACACCAUCACUGUACCCUACGCUGUCAUGAAGGCCUGUCCCAUGUCCUGGGUGCAGAGGGUCCACAUACACAAAGCACGUGUCGCCUUGGUGAAGUGUCGUGACCUCCACUGGGCUAUGAUGGCUCACAGGGACCAGAGAGACACCAACCUGUCCUCCAUACGCAUGCUCAUAGUAGCCGAUGGAGCCAACCCCUGGUCCGUGUCGUCGUGCGACGCCUUCCUCAACGUGUUCCAGUCUCACGGGUUAAAGCCGGAGGUCAUCUGCCCCUGUGCCUCCUCUCCUGAAGCCCUCACUGUGGCUAUCCGCAGGCCUGGUGCCCGUGGUGCAGCCCUCCCAGCCAGAGCCAUCCUGUCCAUGGGCGGUCUGAGUCACGGGGUCAUCAGGGUCAACACAGAGGARAAGAACUCUGCCCUCACUGUACAGGACGUAGGCCAUGUCAUGCCUGGAGCCCUGAUGUGUAUCGUGAAGCCAGACGGCCCACCGCAGCUCUGUAAGACAGAUGAGAUCGGAGAGAUAGUGUUGAACUCCAGGGCUGGAGGAACCAUGUACUACGGCCUGCCUGGAGUCACCAAGAACACCUUCGAGGUGAUUCCCGUGAACCAGGCUGGAGCUCCGUUGGGAGAGAUCCUCUUCACUAGGACUGGCCUGCUGGGCUUCGUAGGGCCGGGCAGUCUGGUCUUUGUAGUGGGAAAGAACGAGGGGCUCCUGACGGUCAGUGGUAGACGACACAAUGCUGAUGACCUGGUGGCCACCGCCCUGGCCGUGGAGCCUGUUAAAACUGUCUACAGGGGGAGGAUUGCUGUGUUCUCAGUGACCGUGUUCUAUGACGAGAGGAUAGUGAUCGUAGCAGAGCAGAGGCCUGACGCCAGUGAAGAGGACAGCUUCCAGUGGAUGAGCAGAGUACUACAGGCCAUAGACAGUAUUCAUCAGGUGGGUUUGUACUGUCUGGCCCUGGUCCCGGCCAACACGUUACCCAAGACCCCGCUGGGAGGGAUCCACAUCUCUGAGACCAAACAGAACUUCCUAGAGGGGAAUCUGCACCCAUGUAACAUCCUCCUCUGUCCACACACCUGUGUCACCAACCUACCCAAACCACGACAGAAACAACCAGUUGGUGUGGGCCCGGCCUCUAUCAUGGUUGGUAACCUGGUAGCGGGGAAGAGGAUGGCCCAGGCUGCAGGCAGAGAGCUGGGCGUGCUGGAGGAAGAGGGCCUGGUCAGGAAGCACCAGUUUCUGUCUGAAGCCUUACAGUGGAGAGCCCAGACCGACCCUGACCACGUCCUCUAUGUGCUGCUCAACGCUAAGGGGGUAGCGGUGUGCACGGCCACGUGUAGUCAGCUGCAUAAGAGAGCAGAGAAGAUAACCUCAGCCCUGAUGGAGAGAGGCCUCAACACUGGAGACAACGUAGUGCUGCUAUACCCCCCUGGCAUUGAUCUGAUAGCUGCCUUCUAUGGCUGUCUGUAUGCGGGGUUGAUCCCUGUAACAGUGCGCCCCCCUCACCCCCAGAACCUGACUGCUACCCUGCCCACCGUCCGCAUGAUCAUCGACGUGAGUAAAGCUGCCUGUAUCCUAACCACCCAGCCCCUUAUGAGGAUCCUCCGGUCCAGAGAGGCUGCUGCCAGCGUCAAUGUCAAGACCUGGCCCACUAUCAU